GAUUUUUUAAAAAUUUAUUUUUUUUAUUUAAUAUGAUUAUAUAAUCGUAUUUUUUGUAUUCUCUGUACCUACUUGCCCAACAUGAACUGUUGAAUUGAAUUUUAAUGCUGAAAAGGGUAAUUCGUUUAAAUGUUUAAUUAACAGACAAGUAUGUAAAAUGUUUCUUUUUUUUGCAGUUGAAAUUUAUAAACAUACACAAUUCAAUUUUCUUUUACCUUUUCGGUGAGGACACUACAAAAUGACGUCAGUCCAACAAGUAAAAGCUCCGGCCACAGUCCCAGUGCGUGGUCCUGGUGACGGCAUGGAGACAGAUGAGCCGUCAAAAUCUCUGGAGGUCAUCACUGAGCUCCCCUGCAAAAGCAGCCCCAUCCAGCUUGGCGCAAGGACAAAGCCAGCCCCACCUCAGAAUCCUGGAGUCCUUCAUCUGGGUAGAAUUCAAAAAGAUUUGUCCAUUGAGCUGGAAGCCAUCCGUAUUGUGGUUCCUCGAGCGGCCAUCUCUCAUGCUAUCCCUUCAAAGGGCUCUAGGUUGACUGAACUGGCAGGGCAUCAAAAAAUUGAGCCUGUUGUCCAGUCAGAAGCAGCGAUAGACUCUCGAUGGGAAGCACAGGAACUGAAAGCCACCCUGGACAAGCUGCAGAACUCGGAGAGGAGGCUGCUGCAAGAUAAGGAGGGCCUUUCAAACCAGCUCCGAGUUCAGACAGAGGUGAACCGUGAGCUGAAGAAACUGCUGGUGGCCUCAGUGGGCGAUGACCUGCAAUACCAUUUUGAGCGUCUGGCACGUGAGAAAAACCAACUUAUCCUGGAAAACGAAACUCUCGGCCGUAACCUGACUCAGAUAUCUGAGCAACUUGAACGCAUGACCAUUCAGUGUGAUGUGUGGCGGAGCAAGUUCCUGGCCAGCAGAGUGAUGGCUGAGGAGCUGACCAGUGCCAGGACAGCACUGCAGCGCCAAACCAGGGAAGCUCAGGGAGUGAUACAGGACCUUCUUAGCGAACGGGGAGAGUUCUCCAGAGACAUGUCUGAGACUCACAGGUCACUAGAGCAGCUUUUGGUUUAUUUGCAAUGGGGCAGGCAGCAGACCUAUUACCCCAGUGCACAACCUCUCACCACUGGCGAGCUUGCUGCGGCCAAUCAGAAGUUAGCUAAGGCAGUGAACUCGCACCUCCUUGGCAAUUUAGACACAAGUAACAACCAGAAAACAUCCCCACCAACUGCAAUUUGCAAUACUCCAACUGAAAAAAUGGCAGAAAAGGUAUUAAGAAUCUUGGAUCCUGUUUUAUGUACCGAAGAUCCAUCUGAAGUUUCAUUUUCUGAACCCUUAACUACACCGUUCGCCUCUACCAAGAAAAGUAUUUGUCGGUUUCAUCCCUACACAAGAUACGAAAACAUUACCUUCAAUUGUUGUAAUCACUGCAAUGGGGAGCUAAUAGUGCUCUAAACUCUGUGCUAGGCAGUACUUUCAGUAUUGCAUUAAACUCAAAGGUCCACAAUCUUUUUAGCAGGUGCUAUACAAUUUUUAAUUAUUCUAUUUUCUUAAACUUAAAUGGAAUAUUAAUAGGUCUGAUGGUGUAAUAAAAAAUCUUUACCGUCAUUGUUGUAAGUUUUUUGUUUUUUGAAUGCAGUUUGAACAUUAUUUAGAGGGGUCAAAGCAGGACCAAAACAGUAAGUGAUGCAGUGUUCAUUUUCAACUUCAAUCACAUCUUUAUUUGUUGAAGCUGAACUUGUUUAAUACUCCACAUUUGUAUUGUCUAGGAAAUUGAUAAAGUUAAAAAGCAUUUCCCAAGUAUUACUAAAACAUGUUUUUGUUUAAUAUCCUAUUGCAUUGAGGAGUGUAUUUUUAUGGUGGUAAUCAUCAAAAACAGAAACUGAAUUUAUAGUAGCGAAUGUAUUUUGCAGCUGCUAGAUACAGGUGCAGAGCAGAAAUUUAAAAUGGAAACAAUGUUGUGAAACUGUGAUUUAUCAGACCUUUUCCAACAGCAUAGAGCUUUGCAGGAAGCAGAAUUCAGUGUGGUUUUUCCGUAUGUUAACAGACUAGGUACAGACAUACCAGCAUAGUGUAAGAACAGUGUUAUGAGACAUGGAAUCUGAUGUGUUCAGGUGUAAUCAGGAAUUGUAUUUUUAUGCUUUCUUUUUCCAAAGGUUAAUAUUGUAUAUGUCUGAUGCUUUUAGAAGAGACGGGUGUAACCCAGUGGUGCAUCAUUGAUGUUUUUAUUAUGAAAAUAAGAUGAGCAAUAAAAACAAGUAUUUAUGUAAAUGUUAUUUGUCAUU